AAUAGUGAGCACAAGAGGAAGUUGUUGUCAGUUUAGGAGCUCGGUUAGCAUUUGUAGCAUUAGCCAUUUUGGGAAUAUGUGUUUAUUUUUGCAGCUUUUAGGUCAGUAAACGUUGAAGAAUAACUCUGGAGGAGGCCGUCGCAUUGUUAGAGCUGUAUCUGGUUGUAAUGAUCAUUUCGUUUUCCUGGGCUAUCUAUUUUAUAUUCGUGUCGAAGCCUUUGGUUGGCAAGACUUAGCUAGCCGGAAGGUUAGCAGGAUGGCUCGAUGACAGAGAGGGAAGCAAAAGAGUUUGGCUAAACAGCAGGGAGGUCCCUGUGCUCUGAAAGCAGGGAAAUGGAUUUCUCCAAGUUCCUGGAUGAUGAUUUUGAUGUGAAGGACUGGGUGAACGGCGCCUUCAGGAUGGUGCAGAAGGAGGCUCCUGGAAAGGCGGACACUCAUGCAGGAACACUGGUCAUGAAGCUGCAGCUCUUCAUCCAGGAGGUCAACAAUGCUAUCGAGGAGACCAGUAAUCAGGCCCUGCAAAAUAUGCCCAGAGUUCUGCGAGAUGUGGAAGCUUUGAAGCAGGAGGCCUCCUUUCUGAAGGAGCAGAUGGUCCUGGUGAAGGAGGACAUAAAGAAGUUCGAACAAGAGACUGUUCAAUCCAUGCAGGUCCUGGUGGAAAUAGAUCAGGUGAAGAGCCGAAUGCAGCUGGCCGCUGAGGCCCUGCAGGAGGCAGACAAAUGGAGCACACUGAGUGCAGACAUCGAGGAGAUCUUUAAAACUCAGGACCUUGAAGUUAUUUCUUCCAAGCUGACCAGUAUGCAGAACAGCCUGUUCAUGCUGGUGGACACACCAGAUUAUUCUGAGAAGUGUGUUCACCUCGAGGCGCUGAAAAACAGACUGGAGGCCAUGGCCAGUCCACAGAUAGUAGCAACUUUUAACUCCAUGUCAACAGACCAGGCCAAGCUGUUCGUUAAAGUCUUCACAGAGAUUGAUAGAAUGCCCCAGCUUCUGGCGUACUACUAUAAGUGUCAUAAGGGCCAGUUGGUGGGCAUCUGGCAGGAUCUCUCCCAGAGCGAGCUCAGUCUAAACCAGCAGCUGUCUGAAUUCUACGAUACUUUACUCUCCACUUGGCAUGCACAGGUCCAGUGGAGCAGCCAGGUGUUUAAGAACCCAUACGAAAUAGUGACGGUUCUGCUGAUCCAGACACUGGGGGCCAUGGUGCCGUCCAUCCCUGUGUGCCUGAGCACAGCCAUGGAGCGGGCAUCCCAAGAACAGAGUCUGGACACUCUACUGGAACUCCACCAAACCACAUCCACCUUUGGGCACAGCCUGGAGGCUGCUAUGCUCCCACACCUUGGCGAGAAUAACCAGCUGAAGGUAAAUGAGCUGGUCUGUGCGCUUUAUGAUCCCUACAAAUCUUACCAACUACAGUACGGAGAGCUGGAAGAAGAUUACCUCCUCAUUCAGAUCAGUGCCGUUCCUUUGGAACAUGGGGAGGUAAUUGAUUGUGUAGAGGAACUGAGCUGCUCUGUAGGCAAGUUGUUCAGCCUGGCGAAUGCUGCCGUGGAGCGCUGUGUCAGACUGACUGAUGGCCUUGCAGUGUGUGGCCUCCUCAGAGCUCUCAAAGCCCUCUUCACCAAGUAUGUGUCCGACUUCUCUACAACACUCCAGUCAAUCAGAAAGAAGUGCAAACUUGAGGAAACACCAAGUUCUUCUGUUUUCCAGGAGGACUGGACAGCCUUCCAGAACUCCGUCCGGAUCAUUGCCACAUGUGGAGAAUCACUGCGACAGUGCGGGGUUUUUGAGCAGCAGCUGUCAAACAAGAUCCUGAGCACAGCAGGUAAAUACUUAUCGGAGUCUUACAGCCCACGCAGCCUGGCCGGCAUCCAGGAGGCCAGCUCUGCAGACAGGAAAAACACCACAAAAAACCCUUGGCAGGAAUACAACUACCUUCAGAGGGGAAACGUAGCUGAAUACAACAACCUGAUGGAGAUCCUGUUCUCAUUAAAGGAAAAGGGCACAGGUAACUCCAGCCUGUUAGCUGAACCCAGAACAGCUCUGACCAGACUCAAUCAGCAGGCUAACCAGCUGGCCUUCGACUCCGUCUUCCUGCAGAUCAAACACCAGCUCUGCCUCGUCUCCAAGAUGGAGAGUCAGGACAUCUCUGGUAUUGGAGAAAGCUUCACUGAAGACCUGCCUACGUUCAGCUUGUCACCACAGGAAUACAUCACUAAUAUCGGACAAUACCUGAUGUCUCUGCCGCUUCACCUCGAGCCUUUUGUGACACAGGAGGACCCUGCACUGGAGAUGGCCUUACAUGCUGGGAAGCUGCCUUUCCCUCCGGAGCAAGGCGACGACCUUCCUGAGUUGGACAACACAGCAGACUACUGGCUGGGCUCCAUCGCUAGAGCAACCAUGCAGACCUACUGCGAUGCCAUUAUGCUCAUCCCUAAACUCUCCCCUCAUUCCACCAAACAGUUGGCCACAGAUAUUGAUUAUCUGAGCAAUGUUAUGGAUGCUCUGGGCCUGCAGCCAUCCCGCUCCCUGCAGCACAUCGUCGCGCUGCUGAGAGCUAAACCUGAAGACUACAGACAGACGGCCAAACUGCUGCCUCGGCGCCUCUCCUCCACCCUCGCUGCUCUCCGGUCCAUCAACUACUAACUGCAGUUGCAGUUGAGAGCUUAAUGCAUUGUGAACAAACUACAGAAAGAGAUGUGAAUAACAGCGGUUUUACAUGUUACGGUUCUUUGAUUCUCAGUUUUGUGAUGAUUCUCUUUGGGAGGUUUUUGUUCAGAUGAGAACAGAAGAAACUGAACUCAUGGGGGUUCUUUACAUUUUUUCCUUCUAACUUAAUUAAGCCAAGUUUUACUUCAAUAUUUUGUUGCAGGUUAUGAUGCCUUCAGUUUAAGCCAAAAGAUAAAUGCACCGUAUCUUGUAUUUAUCUUGACUUUUUCCCAUUUGUUGCAUUAUUAGAAAAGGGUGGGCUGAUGAGACCACAUGAAUUCUCACUGAUCCAUAAAUCUGAUUAACUCUUUAAUGCUGAUAUAAUUAAUCUGGACUAUUAAACUAUUCAGAGGUGGUAUUGCUUGUAUAUUGAUUGAUUGUUAUUGAUUGAGUCUCAUAUUCUUCCCAGUUAGAGAGAAAUUAGUCAGAGUUCAUAUUUCUGUUUUCUUUGGGUUCACUGAUAUGAUUGUCUCCAUAUUGGACAGCUAGAGUUUUUUUGUAUUGUGAAAAUCUGCUUUAUAAAAAUCUGAUUACGCUA